AUGGCCCUCGCCUCGGAGCUCACUUCCUUCUACGAUAACUUACAUCGCAAUAUCCCACCAGACGUCUCUGCUACUUUCAAGGCAGCGAUCAGGGACCACGAGAUUGGGUUCAGGCGUGAGGCAGCGGUGAAAGUGGGUGAUAGGCUGCCAGACUUUAGCUUGCCCGACGCAAACGGGCAUCCAUGGUCCAAAGACACACUGCUUGGCAAAGGUCCUUUGCUAAUCUCCUUCUACCGGGGCGGAUGGUGUCCAAUGUGCAACAUCGAGCUGCGUGCUCUGCAGAAGCAUUCGCAUACGAUCCGCGCGAAGGGCGUGACGCUCGUUGCAAUCUCACCCGAUGCCCCGGACCAGUCUUUGUCACGGAAGGAGAAGAUGGGGUUGGAUUAUAUGGUGCUUUCAGAUACCGGCAACGUUCUUGCCAGUCGACUCGGGAUCGUCAAUAAACAACCAGAGUCUAUGCGCCCUAUAAUCGGCUCCUUGGACAACGGAUUUCAUGAUCCAAACAAGUCAAUGGACGUGCCUGUGCCAGCCACCAUCUUAGUGGAUGACGAGGGCGUCGUCAGGCAGACUUAUAUAAACCCAAAGUACCAUGAAAGAUUGGAGCCGGAGACUGCAAUCCGAUGGAUAGAGAAGCUGAAGAGCUAG